AUGUGGGCGUUAAUCAUAUUUAUUUUAUUUCUAAUUAUUUUUAAGGAACUUAUUCAAAAACCACCUUCAUAUCCACCAGGACCCCCUUUGGUGCCGUUACUAGGUAAUUUAUUAUCAGUUUGGUUAAAUUUGAAAAAGUUUAAAUAUCAUCACAGUAUUUGGCAAAAUUGGUCACAUAAGUACGGAAAUAUUCUGGGAUUACGUCUUGGUUUUGUAAAUGUUGUCGUUGUUUCUGGUAAGCAUUUUAUUAAGGAAGUAUCGACCAGAGAUGUUUUCGACGGAAGGCCAAAUGGAUUUUUUUACUUAAUGAGAUCAUUUGGAAAAAAAAUUGGAUUAGUAUUUUCUGAUGGAUCAACGUGGAAUAAAACAAGACGUUUGGUAUUGAAAAGUCUUAAAAAUUUCGGCUACGGUUCACAUACAAUGGAAAGUAAUAUAAGUGAAGAAUGUAGAGCUCUUAUUGAACUUCGUAUGUCUGAGACGGGAAAACCUGUGACAGUGAAUCAUAUGUUCGACGUUUCCGUCGUUAACAUUCUCUGGAAAUUAGUUGCUGGGAAAAGGUAUGAUUUAAAAGAUGAACAGCUAAAUAUCUUAUGCGAUCUCAUUACAAGAUCUUUCAAGUUGGCAGACAUGAGCGGUGGUAUUUUGAAUUUUAUGCCAUUUCUCAGAUAUUUCAUGCCUGAUAUCAUUGGAUAUACAGAAUUAAAAUCAAUUCACGAUUCGUUAUAUACUUUUUUAAAAAACACCAUCAGCGAACACCGAGCUUCAAUUGAUCUAAAGAAUCCAAAAGAUGUUAUCGACAUGCUCUUGAUUGAAAUGAUGGCAGAAAAGAAAGAUUUGACCGACGAAGAACUUCAAGUUAUAUGUCUUGACCUACUUGAAGCUGGAGUGGAAACAGUCAGUAACACGGCAGUAUUCAUGCUAUUACAUGUAGUAAGAGAUCAGAAAAUUCAGAAAAGAUUACAACAGGAAAUCGAUAUGGAAAUUGGAUCCCGACAGCCCUCUCUGACUGAUCGAAAUAGAAUGGUUUACACAGAAGCCGUGCUAUUAGAAACGCUGCGAAUAUCAAGUGUGGCAGCAGUUGGAAUACCUCACAUGGCCUUAGAUGACGCUAAGCUUGGAAACUACCUUAUACCUAAAGGGACGUUUAUACUACUUGCCAUCUAUGAUUUACAUAACGGUCGCCACUGGAAAGAUCCUCAAAUAUUUCGUCCGGAGCGUUUUUUGACUAAAGAAGGAAAUUUAAUACAAGAUGAAUGGUUAAUGCCAUUUGGAUGUGGAAGGAGGCGAUGCAUUGGGGAAGGAUUGGCAAGAUCAGAACUGUUUAUGUUUUUGACGUUUCUUUUGCAAACCUUUAACCUGAAGAUUCCGGAAGAAGAUCCAAUACCUAGUACGGAACCAGUGGACGGACUUUCACUUUCAGCUAAAAAUUUCAGAAUAAUCUUUGAACCGAGGGUAAAAUUUUAUACUGGCGAUAUUGAAAUAUAGUGUAUCUGUAUAUCAUUAUAUGUAUAAGAAAAGACCCCUGUCCAGCAACCCGUACCAAUGGAACAUAUAUAUAUUUAAAAUUCACAAAUAGUCAUAAUUGUUUGCAAAUAUACAUGAAAA